GUUAUGCGGUAUUAACGAUGAAAUUACACGCGUACUCGGGCUAUUGUUGUUUAAUUCGCUAAAUAUUGCAACAAACGGACAGUAAAGUUGUUACAAAUUCGCGUGAUUUAUUAUUGUUACUAGAUGUGUUACCAGUGCUAAUAGCAAACAACGAUCGUCUUGCCGACGUGGGUUUGGGGUCUACAUAUAUAUGUAUAUUUGCCUGAUCACGAAUCGUUGCAUGUGUGUGUGUGUGUACGUGCACAUAUGUAUGCUUAUAUGUGUAGAGACCACCGCAGUGACCAUGAAUCGACGGGUUGCUCUCAAUUCUGUGAAUGUUUACAAUAAAUGCCUAAAAAUGUUACAAUUAUACAAUUGCUAAAACGAAUUAAAAAGCGAAAGCAGCAGCAGCAUGACUACAACAACAAUAAACCGAAGCAACAAAAACAAACCAAUACUACUACAGUUAGUGCAUACAACAAAACGACAAGUCGUUCUAGAAAAGCUCAUAAGAACAACAACAGCGGCGGCAACGGCAGCAACAGCAACAACAACAACACUGCAACAACAAAUAAAACAGCUGAAAAUACUUAAUACUUGACGAGCACGACGCAGAGUUCUUGCAUUAAUUCGUUCGUUAUUCUAUUUGUGUUCUUUUAGGCUUUAAAAGCUAAAUUUAAACGAAGAAGGAAAUCAUCGAAGCGCGUAAUCACAAAAGAAAACGUGCAAAUGCUUAGCCAUGUGCCUUGGCUCCAAAAUGUGUUUCAGUGUAUUAGGCCAACUCUUUGACGUCAUCUUAGCCAGCUUCUGACACAGGACUUAAGUCCUAUCGUCGCUUCUCUGCUCUUCUCUUCUCUCCGUCGUCAGUCUUAAUCGCCUUGCGUGUUUCUUCGUGUUGAGCUUUUUGCUCAUUUCGCGCUCGUUGAAUCAGCAUCCAAUACAACCAAACAAACACACACACAUACAUAUACAUAUGAGCAUACACACGCGUUCAUAUCAGCCUUUAACUGGAUGCAGAUCUGGAUCGUUCAACCGCAUAGAGCUGUGAAAUAUGGAAAAAGCGAAAGCUUACAUCAAGAAUGAGCUGCGCACUGGGAGUGCGCACUUGCCACUGCCCAACGAUGCGGCCGCGCCCACGCUGCCAGCGGUGGGCAGUAGGCCACAUGAUGCUGCCAACGAGCUGAUGCCGUCACCUGGGUCUUCCUACUACGCACAACAUUUCUAUGCAGCAAAGUCAACGGGACGCGCCUCAGCGCCACCGGAGCAUACAACGCCCGCAGUUUGCUUCGUCUGCGGCGGUCAUGGCAGCUACGAGGCGGUGCGCGUGCGCGCCAAUCCCGAGCGGCCGCAUGAGCCGCACUUUCCGUUUCUGGAGCGGCACGAGCCACCGCAGGGCAUGUCGGCGGUGGCGCACAAUCAAGUGUAUGUGAUGGCCUGCAUGCUCUGCUUUCGCUCGCUGCACGAGCAGUGGGAUGCGUAUGAGCGUCAGCAGAAGCCGAUGCUGCAGCGCAUCUACCACAUGAAGCGCGUGGACGGCAAGGGCUUCAUAGGCGCCGAUGUGGCCACGCAGAGCGAGUAUGCAGCUCAGAUGCUUGGCCUAAGCGCCGAGCAUGUUGGCCAAAACGGACUAACGGAACUGCAUAAUGCCGCCGCCGCGCCUCCACCAGAUGCAUAUAGUCUGAGUAGACACUACGACGCUAGAGCAGCAGCGGCGGCGACAGCAGCAGCAGCGGAGCAGCCGCAUCAACAGAUUACCUCAAGGAACACCUCGCCGGACUAUUAUCCGCUGAAUGCCACGCCCACUAGUCAAGGGCACAAUCAUCAUAAUCACAAAUACCUGAGUCGGCCGCAAUCGCGCGAUCUGCAGCCGCCGUCGCUACUCUCGCGUCCACUUAGCGAGCCGCCCGCUCGCCUGGCGCCCAGUCUGGGCUCCAGCUUCGCCCAGCACAAGUAUAAGCUCGGCCCAUACAAUCACCAGCCGCCGCCAGCUCAGUCGCCAGGCCAGUACCAACCUGCCCAGUACCAGCAGCUGCAGCAGCAAACUGCCACCUAUCAAUUGCUGCAACAAGUGGCCGCCGGCGGCGCUGUCGAUGCGCAUGCUCACUACAAGGGCAAUCCCUAUAGUGCGCUGCCCAAUCUAACUGGCUCCAUGCCGCCGCUGCCUAAGCCGCCUAGUCCGGAGGAUGACAAUGCCACUGUGCUGGAUCUACGUCAUUCCUCAGCCGUCAGCAGCUCCAUGCCAGUUUCCUUGCCAGCUACCUCAGCCAGCACGCCGCGUAGUCAGUCUGCCCAGGCAAGCUCUGUCAGCGCCAACGGCCCCUCCGCUGCCUCCACUGAGGUUGGCAUACUGGAUCUGUCCAUGCCCGACAAGAACUCCAUCACCGAAGUCUGCUAUGUCUGCGGGGAUGAGCAGCGUCGCGGCAGUCUUGUCGAACUGAGUACAGUGAAGCCCAAGGAGCCACGACUAGAUCAGUCCGCUGCCUAUUUUCCGCUAUUCAACGAGCAGCAUCCACGUCCUGCACGCUCGCGCCCAAAGGAUCCGCGUGGUAUGAUACAAGCCUGCAGGCCCUGUCAUGACGACCUCAUGCACCAGUGGAACGCUCAUCAGGCUGUCAAUACGCCGGAUUCGCAAAGAUCCUAUAUGCUGCGAAAACGUUCGCUGCCCGUGCCGGAGCGUACAACAUUCGUUUGCUACACGUGUGGCAUAGACACGCCCUCAUCGCAGCUGCGUCUUGUCUACUGUUGUCCCAAUGCAGAACGUGAGCCUUACUAUUCGUUCAUCAAGUCCAUGAAGGUGGUCUACAAGAACGCCAGUCCCAUAAGUCCACAGGGCAUGGUGCAGAUUUGCGCCAACUGCAAUGAUAAGCACACGAGCCUGGCCGAAGGUGGAUCAGCUGUAGUGCCAGCAACAUCGACAGCAGCAACAGGAGCAGCGCAAGCAUCAGAAUCCAGCGGCACUGCCUACGGCGCAAGCAGCGCAAUUUCUGGCAAUCAUGUCACAACCAUAGUCAGCCACAAUUCACCAUCGGAAAAGUCGCUGGCCAAUUCGGAUUCAAUGAGCAACGUGCGCUUCAAGCCGUACGAGACUAGCUCUAACAAUUCCAACUCAAAUAUUGCUCGUGACUUGAAGCAGAUACGUCGCAGCAACUCAAGACCCAGUUCGCCCAGCUCGUCGCAGGGACACGUCGAGAAUGGCCAUGCUCAGUACUCCUGUUCAAUUUGCAAAGUGCUCUGCGCCUCUCAUAAGAUGGACUGGCUCUCCACCAGUGCCGAGCACAUGAACUCGCAUGCCAUGCACUUCCCCUGCCUCAAGCCCAAUGUCAUUAGCAACAGUAAUGGCCAAAGCAAUAAUAACAACAACAGCAACACCAACUACAAUAAUAACAUUGAACUGAACAGCAACAGAGUGCUUGCCUGCAAGGACUGCAUUAAUUACUUAACUAGCCAGUGGGAGUCAAUGGAUGCGGAGCGCGUGCCGCUGGAGCACAGAAGAUACAACAUUCCUUCGCCCAUUAUGAACUCAAGCUCACCAAACGGAUCUCGGCAUGGCACUCUGAGCACCAGCACGCCGCCUUCGACGCCAUCAGUGUCAUCAUCAACGCCUGCCAGCACCUCAAUUUAUUGUUUUCUCUGUGGCUUGCACUCAGACCUCACGCUCGCUCGCAUCCUCUACGGCAGCAAAGAGGGCUCGAGGCCUUACUUUCCGCUGCUGCUGAAGCACAACUCCUUGCCAAAUGCUGAGCAGCUGAGGAACAAUUCAGCGCUAGUAUGCACAUUUUGCUAUCAUUCCAUGUUGAAUCAAUGGCGAAAAUAUGAAGCACAGAGUCCCAGCAUCAGUCCGGCUGAGAGGCGAUACAAUUGGCAUGACUAUAUUUGUCAUCUCUGCGGCAUAACGACUUACAGGAAGCGAGUCAGAGCGCUGCCGGUUAAUGAGUUUCCGUUCGUGAAACACCAAAAAAGUGACGACGGUCUUUUGUUAGAGAAUGGAGAGUACGCAGUGGUUUGCUUGGAUUGCUAUGAGAGUCUGAGGCAACAAGCAUCGCAGCACGAUCGAUUUGGGGUGCCUAUCUCUAGGCGGGCCUACAAUUGGGUGCCCCAGCCGCCGCCGCCCGAGGACAGUCCCGAAGCCGGAGUAGCACGUCUGCCCUGCGGUGAACGCUCCGACCGCAUCCUCAUGAGCAAUGCACUAAGGCCUAUUCAAAACAAGAAGACCUCAUCGCCAAAGCAGUACGAAAAGCCAAAAGAAGUGCCGCCCAAAGCGGGUCAGAAGCGACCAGCCACCAGUCCAGCUCCCCACAUACCUGUGCCGCUGCACUUGCAAACAUCGCCUAGCUCAGCGGGUGUGCCAGGUGCUACAGGUGGCAAUAACUCGGCGCCGCCAACGUCCAGUAGCGGGAUCUUAAAUCACGCACUGCCCAACAAUCAUCUUGGCACGCAGUCGCCCCAGCAGCAACAACAACAACAACAGCAGCAGCAGCAGCACCAGGCGCAUCAGCAAGCGGUCGCUGCCGCUGUGCAACAACAACUAGCGGGCGUAGGUGUGGGCGUGUCGGGCGCUGGCAUAAACUCAGCUGCGGCAUCGAGCGGCAGAGGCUCCUUUGCGGCUGCACUGCGUACAUUGGCCAAGCAGGCGGAUAUCAAGGAAGAGGACGAGGUGGGCGCAGUUGGACGAAGUGUACCCACUUCGACAUCUUCAAACAGUGCAAACGUGCCUGUGUCGCUUAGUUCGGUCGCCGGACGUGGAAGCGGUCCGUCCGGUUGUCUUAGCAACGAGGAUCGCAUCGCUGCCAACAAGAAACGUUCCCCUCCCUCGCCACAACCGCCGGAGAAAAUGGCACGUCUAAGUCAUACGCCCCAAACGUCUGCUAUGCAGCCAGAGCUGCUGGCGCGUAGUGGAUUCCAGCCGUACAGAUCUGAUGAGCGUCUUAUGCAUCCGGCCGGUGCCUUUCCCCUGGAAGCAUAUUCACAUUUUACUGGCUUGCCCGGUAUUCCUCCAGCAGCAUUCUUGAAUCCGGCGGCAGGCCUGCCCUACUCGGAUCCUCUGUAUUUGGAGCACCGCUAUCAACUGUUUCGCGCCGCUGGUGGCCACCACACGCAUCCACAUGCUGCAGCGCUGUAUCCUCAGAUGGCAUCGCCGUAUUCGCAUCUGUAUUCGAUGAUGCCAGGUGCAGCUCUAGGAAUUUCGCCAGCAGCCAUGCAUGAUCGUAUCAAGUUGGAGGAGGAGCAUCGAGCACGUAUGGCACGCGAAGAGGAGCGCGAACGUGAGAUGCAGCGGGAAAAGGAGCGCGAGCUACGUGAGCAGCGCGAAAAGGAGGCGCGUGAACGUGAGCGCGAGCAACGAGAACGGGAGCGAGAACAGCGUGAAAAGGAGCAGCGCGAGAAGGAGCAGAAGGAAAAGGAGGCACGCGAGCGCAAAAUGCGUGAAGAGGAGCGAGAACGGGAACGUGAGCGCCAGCAAUUGCUUAACGCUACCCACCACUACUCCAAUCAGCUCUAUGCGCCGCUGAAUCGCAACCUGCUGGGCUCAAUGAUGCCGAUGAUGGGUCUGCGUGCGCCGCCGGCAGCGCUGCAUGGACUGGCCGGCAUGUCGCACUAUCAUGCCGCAGCAGCCAAUGCGCAGCGGCAAAGCCCACACGCUGCUGCAGCCAUGGGACUUAAUCUGGGCAUGCCUGGGCUGCCAGGUCACGGCCCAGCCAAUCUGCAGCAUCACCUGCAACAGGCAGCAAUGGGGCUGGCGGCGCAUCCGGGGCAUCCAGGCUUUUCGGCUGCUGCAGCGCUCGGCCUGGCGCCGCAUCCGCAUAGCCUGAAUCUGAGCCAUGCACAUCUCUCGCCUCAUCAUCCCGUGCAUCAGCUGCCGCCAGUCAGCUCAUCAGCUGGUCCCAGUCCCGGCACGACCAGCAGCGCAGCAGCAACCUCGUCUCCACACAGCCUUAACCUGACGGUGGCAACCAGCAGCAUGGCCCAGACCACCUCAACGCCCAGCUCGCACAUUCCGACCAUGAGCCACUACUAUCAUCACGGCCAUGCCGCUAUGGCAGCUAUGCAUGCAGCCGUCGCCGCCGGAAUGACGCCUGUCGCUGCCCAUCAGCAGCCCGUAAAUGCAGCCGCCGCCGCCGCAGCUGCUGCUGCUGCCGCCGCAGUCGCCUCACAUUCAAUAUCGCCCAAGAUAACGUCACCGCUAAGCUCGGUAGCAAAUGGCGCAUCGCGCACUGCCAGCAGUCCACAUGCCAUGCGGCAUCACAUAGCAGCUGGCAUAGCCACACCAAGCCAGCAGCAGCAGCAGUCGGUCAUGUUUGAGAAGAGCAGCGCGGUGACAACUUCGGCUACGCAUGAGCCAACCACCUUGGAUCUGACUGGAUCCAACUCGAACUCGAGUAACCAGGCGCAGUCGAGCAUCAGCACUUCGGCUGUGCACGAGCUUAAUGGCGUUGAGUCCAAUGGACCAACGGAUGGCAAGGAUGCGCAAUCGCAUGUGGAGGAUCCUUUGCCAGCAGCUACACCGCCGGUGGCGCUGGAGAAGAAGCCAGUAACGCCCAGUGCCAGUCAGGGCAAGGCAGACAGUUCGCCGGAGAAUACGUCGCGACGCAGCGCCAGUCCGCCCAACUCUGACAACAACAAUAGCAGCAACAAUGCCAGCGCAAACGUCAACGUUACGGAGCAGCAACGGAAUGCCGCAGUCUCUGGUGGUGUUGGCGCUGGAGCCACACAAGAGGACGACAAACCUGCUGUGGGUGCAGUAAGCCGCAGCACCGCUGAGGAGGCAACCGCAUUAUGACACCAACUCUUCAGCAGCUCCAACAACUAACUAAUGAAAAACUUUGGCGACAUUGGGAUGUACAUUUUGUCGGAACGGGCUCUUUAUCAGCAGCGCAAGCGGAUGCUCGAUGAGUUUCUAAAGCUUUAAGAUACUGUUACUUACCCCGUGAAGAUGAUGAUUGCCGCCAUAUAUGUACAAACGUACAUAUGUAUGUAUAUUAUAUCAAUAUCAGCUGUAUAUACAUUAGCAUGUAGUAUCCCCUGAUUAUUCUCGAUGUUGCCAUCUUAAACACAAAGUUGAAGUCUAUAGAAACUCUUCAAUGCCGUGUAGAUUUAAAAACAAUAAGAAAUGCAUAAAAUGUAAAUCAAAUAUUGUAAAAAUAUAUAAAUAUUAACACAAAUACAACCAUACACUUGUAUGUACUCAACUGUUUCGAAUUCAAUGAUCAUAAAUGCACUAUAAACAUUAAGCAAGUACGCUAGGUACUAUGAAUGUGUAAAAUAAACAAUGCGCGUUUAACUUUAGACUUAAAAGCUCGAAUCACAUUAUUUUAUACUUAAGGCACACACAUUCGUCGGAAAUAGUAAUUUCAAUAUAUCACAUUCUUUGGUGAUGAAACAAAUUGUCUAUUUUAAUGAGCUCAUUUAAAAAUUUCAAGUCACAGAGCUGUUUCAAAUUCACCAAUAUGUACUAUAUCAAUAUUCAAUAUUCCAUACUCAAAGCUCAUGCUCAAUUAAAAUUAAAUAAUAAUUUAACUGCUGUGUGUUGGAGUGUUAUUAUUCAUCGAAUUUCAAGCCCAUGAGCAUAAUCACAGUAUGUAAAUAU